CCAUGUCUCUCCAUCCCUGUGGAAUGAAAGAGGGAGUCAUGGGACAAAGCAAGAGAGAAAGUGAACAGAGAAAGAGAGCAGAGAAAGAGAGAGGGUUGUCUUCUCCUCCAGCUGAGGGAAUCAGGUGCCCUCUGUCACCUGGGCAACCACCAUGUCUGUGCGCCAUGUGACGCAGUCUACUGAGGAACCACUGAUUCUGUCAGUGUGAUCUGAGCAAACCCACUGGAGCUGUGUGAGCCAGAGCCCUGCAGCACAGUCUCUCCACAGAAGCCCUGCAGUGACACACAGGCGAUGAAAGUUGUGUUCUCAUUACGAGUUACGAUAACAAUCUAAUUGGAUAAUGAGCGCGGAGGCAGAAGACUCAGACGCCAUACCAUCAAAAGACCCCCUGACGGAGGAGGAAACGGAACCCAGCAAUGAGCCCUGUUACCGCCAGUAUCUGCACAGGUUGUUUGGUGAGGCCACCACUCAGUAUUUCCUCAGUGACGCGGCCCCAGAGAGAGACACGCCCCCCUGGUACACUCACAUGAUGGAUCGCCUGGGAGACAGUCUAAGUGCAGAGGCGGUAUGGAAUGCCUUGAGUGAUCGGACCAGGGCCUUAGUGAUGGAAAUUGAAGCAAACUCUUACCAGGCUAAAAAGCUCCAUUUGGAUGGAAAUGGGGAGCGAGGCAGGAACUACCGUCGCCAUCUCUCCGGAGUCAGGUUGAUGUUCCGUACUGCUAAAUAUAAGGAAGCGUGUUCCGCCAUUCUCCUUGAACAGAACCCACCUCCCUUUUUCACUGACUUUGAGGCCAGUGGACCCACCAAGUACAUACAGCAUGAGGAGAUUCAACCAGUGGAAACUUUCAAAGAUUAGAUGAUGUUGUCGUGACAACAAGGGGGGAAAUUAUUUGAAUUGCAUGAGCUGUUCUCUAGGCUACUGCUUUAGCUAAAAAUAAACGCAUUAACGCAGAAUCUCUAA